AGGAGCAGGAGGAGGGAGGAAGAGGCGGAGCGGCAGCGGGAAGCUGGAAGAGAGGAGGAGAGGCGGGAUCACGCGGCUCCAGCGCUCGCUGAACUCGCAGCCCCCCGGGACCAUCGCCCCCCAUCCCGCAGACCAGGAUUUCCCAUUCCCAAACCUUGGCCAGAUAUAGGAGGAGGCUGCGAGGAAGAGGAAGAUGCCCCGGGACCCCCAGGCAGACAAGGAGCUGAGGACGGAGCCCAGGGAGGACAAAUCCCCGCAGCAGAACCUGGUGGAAGAGGCUGUUUUGAGUGGCUCCACGGCACAGGAAUCCAACGGAGAGGAAAAACCGCAGAGACCCCGCAGGAGGAGGGGCUGCAAACUCAGCCCAGGGUGCUCUGAGGAGGAAAGACCCACCCUGUGCCGGGAAGGCGGCCAGAGAUUGAGCCAGAGCUCAGACCUGGUGGUCCAUGAGCGGCUUCACAGUGGGGAGAAGCCCUACAAGUGUGGGGAAUGCUGGAAGAGCUUCAGCACGAGCUCCAACCUGAUCCGCCACCAGAUGAUCCACACUGGGGAACGGCCCUAUGAGUGUGGGGAAUGCUGGAAGAGCUUCCGCCGGAGCUCCCACCUGAUCGUCCACCAGAGGAUCCACACUGGGGAACGGCCCUAUGAGUGUGGGGAAUGUGGGCAGAGCUUCAGAGACAGCUCCACCCUGCUCCGCCACCAGAUGAUCCACACUGGGGAACGGCCCAAUGAGUGUGGGGUGUGUGGGAAGAGCUUCCGAGUCAUCUCCACCCUGCUCCGCCACCAGAUGAUCCACACUGGGGAACGGCCCUAUGAGUGUGGGGAAUGUGGGAAGAGCUUCAGCCAGAGCUCCAGCCUGAUCCAUCACCAGAGGAUCCACACAGGAGAGAGGCCCUACAAGUGUGAUGAAUGCCAGGAGAGCUUCAGCACGAGCUCCACCCUCCUCCAGCACCAGAGGAUCCACACUGGGGAACGGCCCUAUGAGUGUGGGGAAUGUGGGAAGAGCUUCAGCAUGAGCUCCCGCCUGAUCAUCCACCAGAUGAUCCACACUGGGGAACGGCCCUAUGAGUGUGGGGAAUGUGGGAAGAGCUUCAGCUGGAGCUCCCACCUGAUUGUCCACCAGCGCAUCCACACAGGAGAGAGGCCCUAUGAGUGUUCCGAGUGUAGGAAGAGGUUUCACUCCAGCUCCACUCUCCUCAGGCACCAGCGGAUUCACACAGAGGAGAGGCCCUUCCGCUGCCCCGACUGCAGGAAGGGCUUCAAGCAAAACUCCCACCUCGUCAGGCACCGGCGCAUCCACACCGGGGAGAGGCCCUACGAGUGUCCCCAGUGUGGGAAGAGCUUCUCCAGGAGCUCUCACUUGACCCAACACCAACGGAGGCACCGGUAAGGGAAGCCCUGCGAGUGCCCCAAGUGCAGGAAGAGCUUCAUCCUCUACUCCAACUUCAUCCCCCAGUGGAGGAUCCACGUUUGGCAGAGCCCUGGUGACCCACAUUCCCUGUGAUCCAGUUUGGGAAGAGCCCUGGCUGGUGCUCUCCACGUCCUCCUGGAUCCCCGUAGGCACCUGGGUGAACGCAGGGGCUGGAACAUCCAUCGGGACUCUGACUGAAAUCGGAAAUUCAUUGGGAAGAGCUGAUUUGUUGAGUUUACGGCCCAAAAAUUCUCACCUGCUCUGUCCAGUUGUUUCUUCUGGUGGCAUCCAGCAAUCCUGGAUGAUCUUGGAGGUCAUUUUCAAUCUAAAUAGUUUCCUCCUUCAUCCUGUCAAAACAACCAAAAUUAGGGUAGAAAUAAAGGAAUUCAACAAAGGUA